GGAGACACCAGACUGCCCCCGCCCCGUCAGUUGUCGUUAAAUGAGCCACACAACACAUUCAGAAAUCUGUCAACAGCAACUCCGGUGAUCCGGGAACACCACGCCCGCUUUUGGGAACUUCAGCCCCCUGACCGAUCAACAGUCCGCCCGGCCGCCCACCCUCUCGUGAACAUAAAACGAGCCCCCCAGAAAGUGAGCGCACCACACCGGAGUCCCGUCGUUCGUGAUGGCAGGAUCGGCGGUGCACUUGAUUGUCCUGCUGGCGUUGUCACUGCUGCACACCUGCGCCGCUCAGCCCCUGUUCGUCCUGACAGCUCCAAAUGUCCUAAGGGUGGAAAGUGAGGAGAUCAUCGUUCUCGAAGCGCAUGGCUUUACUGGUGUCAUUGAUGCAGAAAUUAGAGUUUUAGAGUUUCCAUCCAAAAGGCACAUCCUGCACUCGAUUGAUGGCGCAGAUAACAAAGUGCAGCUGAAUGCCAACAAUCAGUACCAUGCGACCAAAGCAGUCAAGAUUUCUGCCUCGCACUUCAAGACCAACUCCCGUGGCAAUCAGUUUGUCUACCUGCAGGCCAUAUCCCCGUUCUUUACCCUGGAGAAGAUCAUCGUGGUGUCCUCCCACGUGGGUUAUGUGUUUCUACAGACAGACAAACCCGUCUACAACCCAGGAGACACAGUUUUCUACAGGGUCCUUUCUAUGACACGUCAGAUGACUCCAAACACAAAGCAGGUCGCUGUGGAUGUGGUGGACCCUGACGGGCUCGUCGUUUACCGAGACAUCCUGUUAAACCGUGGCACGUAUCAACUGCAUCCAACUGUGAAGGUUGGCGUCUGGAAGUUGGUUGCAAAAUUUGCAGAUACACCCCAGAAGACCUACACAUCUGAGUUUGAAGUGAAGGAAUACGUCCUGCCAAGUUUUGAAGUGAAACUGGAACCCAGCCAGGCAUUCUUCUACGUCGAUGACAACGAGCUCUCUGUUGACGUCACUGCCACGUACUUUCAUGGAAACGAAGUCGAAGGAUAUGCAUGCGUCGUGUUUGGGCUGUUGGUGGAUAACAAGAGGAGAAGCUUCACAGACUCCCUGCAGCGUAUUGAAAUUAAAAAUGGAAGAGGAACAGCUCGACUCACAAGACAGCAGAUUCUGAGGGUCUUCCGAGACAUCAGCCAGCUUAUCGAUCAGUCGAUUUACGUCUCGGCGACCGUCUUGACACCUUCUGGCAGUGACAUGGCGGAGGCAGAAAUGAGAGGAAUUAAGGUCGUCACAUCCCGCUAUGAAGUUCUCUUCACCAGGACACCCAAGUACUUCAUGCCGGGAUUCCCUUUUGAUGUGAUGGUUCUGGUAACAAAUCCUGAUGGAUCUCCUGCAAGCAAUGUUGGUUUGGAAGGUCAACCUGGUAACAUUCCUGUAAGAACAAACCGAGAUGGAACAGCAAAAAUGGUCUUCAAUACCGUCCAGAAUGGAAAGAAUCUCGUUGUGACCGUAAGAACAAACAGCCCUCUGCUUGCUGAGUCUCGCCAGGCUGAAGGGAGAAUGGAGGCCGUGCCGUACCAAACGCAGUCAAAUUCGAACAAUUACCUGCAUAUCCACAUCUCGUCUGCACAAGUAUCUGCAGGUACACAUCUCCAGAUCAACAUGAACAUCCAAACCAGCGACGUAUUAACGCGGGAGACAAUCCAAUACAUUUCCUAUUUGAUAACCAACAAGGGGAGUCUCAUCAAAGCUGGCAGGCAGCAGAGGCAGAGAGGGCAGUCAUUCAUUUCAUUGUGGCUGCCCGUCGAGCGAGAGAUGAUCCCGUCUUUCCGCUUUGUGGCUUAUUACUACGUGACCACUGGUGGUACAAAAGAAAUUGUGUCCGACUCGAUCUGGGUGGACGUGGAGGACUCCUGCAUUGGCACCCUUCAAGUAAUACCAGGGCGAGAUGGACCAACUUACGGCCCUCACAAAUUCUUUAGUUUCAAAAUAAGAGGAGACCCUGGUGCCAUGGUGGGGCUGGUGGCUGUGGAUAAGGCCAUGUUUGUUUCGAACAACAAGAACAAACUGACACAGACAAAGAUCUGGGAUCUCAUUGAGAAGAACGACAUUGGCUGCACUCCAGGAAGAGGACAAAACAGCAUGGGCGUGUUUUCGGAUGCUGGCCUCAUCUUUGAGUCAAAUGUGAACAUUGGCACGCCAUCUCGGGAAGAUCCUGACUGCCCAGUUCCCCCAAAAAGAAAUCGCCGCUCAGUUCCUGGAAGGUCAAGGAGGGGUGAUGAUGAUGAUGAUGAUGAUGAUGAUGAUGAUUAUGAAGACGUUGUUUCCAGAAGAGAAUUCCCUGAAAUCUGGAUGUGGCAGGAGCAGAUGUUACCAACUACUGGAGCAGACAACAAUGGUUUGGUUGAAAACGAAGUAAGAAGCUUCACGAAAGAAUCCAUCACAACUUGGGUGAUCCUGGCUGUCAGCUUAUCUUCAAAGGGUAUCUGUGUGGCAGAUCCUUAUGAAAUCACCGUAAAGAAGGAUUUCUUUAUUGACCUGCGGCUGCCAUACUCUGUGGUCCGAAAUGAGCAGGUAGAGAUCAAGGCCGUGCUCUACAACUCCUAUGAGGAGGACAUUGAGUUCCGUGUGGAGUGGACGACUAAUAAGCAGCUCUGCAGCAAAGCCACCAAAAACAAACACUAUGAGACUGUGAGAAUCACCAGGCGAUCAUCUCGAGCUGUGUCAUUCUUCAUCAUCCCUCUGAGGCUGGGAAGAAUUGUCAUUGAAGUUAAGGCACUUGGGAGAAAUCAUAAGGAGCUUGUGGCUGAUGGUGUGAAGAAACAACUGAACGUGGUGCCAGAAGGAAUGCUAGUAAAGAAGAUAAACAGGAUAAUUGUCUUGGAUCCAUCCAAAUCAGGUGGAGUCCAAACGGAGUUCAUUCCCAAAAUGGACGUGCAGUCUGCAGUCCCCAACACUGAGGCGUGGAGGUUGAUCACCAUAGCAGGCAAAGCUAUGCAGAGAGAAACCCCCGAAAAUGCCAUUAAUGCCAGCCGUUUGAUUCACUUGAUCCGCAGAGGAUAUGGACCUGCAGAAAUGAUCAUGAUGGCAAUGACAAAAACUGUUAUUGUCACUCAUUAUCUGGACAAGAGCAACCAGUGGGACCGAGUGGGUGUAAGUUGGCGAGCUCAGGCCAUCGAUUACAUAACUGGAGAUUACAUCCAGGAGUUGAGUUUCCGCAAGACUGACGGCUCAUUCGGCACAUGGAUCACACAUCCUUCAAGUACCUGGUUGACAGCCUAUGUGGUGAAGGUGUUCACCGUGGCCGACACGAUAACAGCAGUGGACCAUCUGGUGAUCUGCGGAGCCUUCAGGUGGCUGAUUCUGAACAAGCAGCAACCUGAUGGAGUCUUCAGGGAGGACUCCCCCACGCUUUAUGGAGAUAUGGUGGGAGGACAGCGGAACUCCGAAUCGGAUGUGACUCUCACAGCUUUUGUUCUCAUUGCUUUGGCAGAAUCAGGAGAUCACUGCAGAAGUCAAGUCCAGGCAUUCGAUGCGAGCAUUGAAAAGGCGGCAGCAUUCCUGGAUCGGCGUCUUCCGACACUACAAAAGCCCUACACGGUGGCGAUCUCCUCGUACGCGCUGGCCUUAUGUGGCAGGAGCCAUCACGAUUCUGUUUUAAUGAAGUCUGCCUCGCCAGAUGGAACCCACUGGGAUGGAGGCUCUCAUCUCUUCACUCUUGAAGCCACUGGCUAUGCUCUUCUGGCCUCUGUGAAAACUGGGCAGUAUGACCGAGCUGGCAAGAUUGUGAGAUGGCUGACAGGACAAGAGGUUUAUGGGGGUGGAUCUGAGUCGACUCAGGCCACCACCAUCGUGUUUCAAGCAAUCACGGAAUACCUGACUAACGUGCCAGGGCAGCAGGACAUUGACCUGGAUGUUGAUCUGACUGGACACAGCAGGCCUGUGAGGUGGAGAUUCAGCAUGGAGAAUGCCAACCUUUCGAGAUCGACUAUGUUUACCGAAGGCCAACUGCAUGGGCCUGAAAGAUCGGAGUUUGUACGUAGUGUGAAGUGCCACAUAAAAAGAGCCGCAUGGCCCUGCCAGUCCAAAGUCAGCACUGGCCAGGAUGUCUCGGUGACUGCUAAAGGGAACGGCCAGAGGACACUGUCAGUGACGGAUAUCUACUACGCUUUGAUGGAACAGAAGACCACAUGCAAGAAGUUUGAUCUGGAAGUGACGAUGACAGAAGUGCCAAGUGUGCAGGCACCUGAAGGAGCUUUACGAACAUUCAUCCUCACCAUCAGGACAAAGUAUCACGGUGAAAGAGAUGCCACAAUGUCCAUUCUUGACGUCUCCAUGCUGACAGGCUUCAUUGCUGACCAAACCGACCUCCAAAAGUUGGCCUCUGCAGCGGACAGAAACAUUCAGAAGGUGGAGGUGGACAAGGUCCUUUCUAACAAAGCAUCUCUUAUCCUGUACCUGGAUAAGGUGUCAAACAAGCACUCGGAAGUCAUCUCCAUUAAAGUCCAUGAGAUGUUUAAGGUGGGCUCCAUUCAGCCAGCUGCAGUUACCAUCUACGAGUACUACGAAUCAGAUAACCGCUGCCAGAGAUUCUAUAAUCCGGAGGAAAAAAGUGGGCUUCUAAGCAAAAUCUGCUACGAAGAUGAAUGCAGGUGUGCAGAAGAGCACUGCAGCCUGGUGGAGCACAACGAGGUGGUGCUGAAGAAGGAGGACAGGCUGACUGUGGUCUGCGCGGCCGGAGUCCAUUGGGCAUACCACGCUCGACUCUUGGAAGUCACGGAAAAGUCCAACUACGUUUUAUACAACAUGGAAAUUGUGAAGGUUAUCCUUGAAGGAAACUUGGAGAAGCCUGAAGGACAGAAGAGACGUUUCUUCUCUCCAGAUUCCUGCAAGAAAACCUUGAAUCUUGAAGCAAAUAAAGAUUACGUGAUAGCAGGAAAUAAGGAGGACUGGUGGCAUUCGUCCAGCGAGAUUUAUUACGUCAUUAGCUCAGACACGUGGAUUGAGUGGUGGCCAACAGCCCAAGACUGCCAGGACCACAGAUACAAGAAGACCUGCGAAGACAUUAAGAUUUUAGUCGAUGGCCUCGCCGCCAGAUGCCAAUCUUAGGCCGUCUUCUUCAGGAGCUCCACACGUUUUGAAUCUCUGAUGAUUUUCCUGCUUGGCUCAUUUCAGGUGGACCUGGGCUUCCAUCUUCGUUUCCACACUAAGCCUGGGUUUCCUACUUUUUAUUUUCCUUUGUGUGUUUCCCCUGCGCUUCGUGUGGGGGUCCUGGUGAGGCUGAUGGGUUGAACUUCACCAGGUUUCUUUUGUUUGUGGGAAGUCAUCAGUGACGCUUCACACUUUCAACCAUAAACUGGGAGGUCAAAGAAAAGGCUUGAAUUUUAAGGAGAUCCACCAUUUAAAAGAUGAGGAACCAUCUGCCCUCGCGUAGAGUCCCGCCUUCAUGACAUCAGAGGCUGCGUCUAAAGCUGAUUGGCCGAAGGUGAAUGACAGUCCUGGAAGGGCAGCCUUAACGGUGUCUCAGCCCCGCCCCCUUCCUUAGGAUUCAGUGGUUGGGCUUUGCUUUUGGCUUUUUCUUUAGGAGAUCUUCAGUUACGUGUAAACUCUGUGUUAGAUUUCUCGUUUUCUUCUUAUUUUCUCCUGCUUCUGUUCAAUGUGUUAUAUUGUGAUCACAUCUUUAAUUGUUUUUCUGUUUGCUUUAUUAAACAAAUAAAAUCAAAUAUCCAUUUGUGGCUUUGA